AUGUCUCAAGUUACAAAGAUCGCUUUGGUGACCGGUGCGUCGUCUGGAAUUGGUUUUGAAUUGACCAAACAAUUAGCUGGAAAAGGGUACAAAGUUUAUGCUGCCGCAAGACGAGUGAACCUUAUCUUACCGCUUGAAAAAGAGUUUCCAGGGCUGGUAAAGGCUUUGGAAUUGGACGUUGCAGAGCUUUCCCAAAUUUUGGCCCUCAAAGAGCGUCUGGAAACGGAACUACCAGCCCAAAAAUUGGAUAUCUUGUAUAACAAUGCUGGGCAGAGUUGCACUUUUCCCGCCACGGAUGUGACCAACGAUGUUUUGGAACAGGCCUUCAAAGUCAACGUUUUUGGGCCGAUCAAUUUGUGCCGGGAGUUGCUGCCAUUUGUGAUCAAUGCUCGUGGAACAGUGGUUUUCACAGGCUCUAUCGCUGGUAUUGUGUGUUUCCCAUUCGGAUCUGUCUACAGUGCCACGAAGGGAGCCAUCCACAGCUAUGCCAAGGGACUACACAUUGAAAUGAAGCCAUUUGGCGUGAAAGUCAUCAAUGUGGUCACAGGAGCCGUAUCCACCGAUAUUGCCGACAAACGACCCUUGCCAGAAGGCUCCGUUUACAACAUUCCCGAAGCUGCGGAGGCUCUUGAAGCUCGUAGAACCAUGGCAAAGGACAACCGUCCUGAAAGUGUGUCUAAAUACGUUCAAGAAGUGCUCAGAGACAUUGAAAGUUCCAGAGACCCGAUCGAGGUGUUCCACGGUUCAUUUGCAAGUAUCGUCCAAUAUUUCACGAGGUAUAUUCCGUACUGGCUCGUGGAGUUCGCGUUGGAACGCAAGUUCAAGCUACAUGGUUUUAAGGAUGCGCUCGCCAAAUCCAAGCGUGAGUAA